GCGGCCGCCAUGGUUGCUCUGAUACGCAAAGAACCGGGAGCGGCUGCCGCUUUCUGCAUCUGAGCCCGCGCGUAAAGGCCGGCGGCAACCGGGAUGGAGGGCGGCGGCGCCCCGCGAGUCACCGGCUGCUGAUCGAGGCGUUCUGGCUGUGGUGAGGGAGCGGCGCGGCCGGGGGUGCAGUAGCGCCGAGUCACGGCGGGUUCUGAUCUGCCUUUUUAAGUGAGCUGCACUGUGCAGCUGUGGUGAACACUCAAUAAUGAGUGGGGCAGCAUUGGGCCUUGAGAUAGUAUUUGUCUUCGUUCUGGCCUUAUUCCUACUUCAUCGGUAUGGAGACUUCAAGAAGCAGCAUAAGCUGGUGAUCAUAGCAACAUUAUUGGCUUGGUAUCUCUGCUUUCUUAUUGUAUUUAUACUGCCUCUGGAUGUCAGUACGACUAUUUAUAAUCGGUGCAAACUUGCUGUGAAUUCCAGCCCUGCAGAAAGUAAUGGGUCUUAUGUUUCUCUUUCUCCAAGCAAGCAAAAAUGCUUCAAACCAUGGAGUUACAUUCCUAAUGGAAUUAUGCCAGUUUUUUGGCGUGUUGUGUAUUGGACAUCACAGUUUUUAACAUGGAUUUUGCUACCUUUCAUGCAGUCAUAUGCUAGAUCAGGAGGGUUCUCCAUUACUGGAAAGAUUAAAACUGCAUUGAUUGAGAAUGCAAUCUAUUAUGGCACUUACUUGCUGAUUUUUGGAGCAUUUUUAAUAUAUGUGGCUGUAAACCCAAACUUCAAUUUACAAUGGAACCAACUUCAGACUAUUGGGAUAGCUGCUGCAAACACAUGGGGUCUCUUUCUUCUUGUGUUGCUUUUGGGUUAUGGUUUGGUGGAAAUUCCCCGUUCUCACUGGAAUGGGGCCAAGAGAGGUUAUCUGCUCAUGAAGACCUAUUUCAAAGCUGCUAAACUGAUGACUGAAAAAGCAGAUGCAGAGGAGAAUUUAGAGGAUAUUAUGGAGGAAGUUCGUAAAGUAAGUGAGAGUAUCAAGUAUAACCACCCUUUGAGAAAAUGUGUUGAUACAAUACUGAAAAAGUGUCCUACUGAGUACCAGGAAAGAAUGGGUAGGAAUAUGGAUGAUUAUGAAGAUUUUGAUGAAAGACAGAACAGUUAUCCAACUGAAAAAAGUUUGGUCAAACUUCACAAGCAGGUAAUCUAUUCAGUACAGAGACAUCGUCGUACACAGGUCCAGUGGCAAAUUCUUUUAGAACAAGCAUUUUACCUAGAAGAUGUGGCAAAAAAUGAAACCAGUGCAACUCGACAGUUUGUUCAUACAUUUCAUUCCCAGGAACCAGAGAAUAAAAUCACUCAGUAUUUCUACACACCAACAGUUGAGUGGUACUGGGAAUGUCUUCUACGACCAUGGUUUUACAGGGUGCUUGCUGUUGUUCUGGCCACAUUCUCUGUCAUUGUUGUGUGGUCAGAGUGCACCUUUUUCAGCACAAAACCAGUUUUAUCACUGUUUGCAGUUUUCAUACAGCUGGCAGAAAAGACAUAUAAUUAUAUAUACAUAGAGAUGGCCUGUUUUCUUACCAUCUUUUUCUUAAGUAUCUGUGUUUAUUCUACUGUCUUCAGGAUCCGUGUAUUUAACUACUAUUACUUAGCUUCACAUCAUCAGACAGAUGCAUAUAGUCUCCUUUUCAGUGGCAUGUUAUUUUGCCGUCUUACUCCACCAUUAUGCUUGAACUUUUUGGGCUUGACCCACAUGGAUGCAACAAUCUCUCACAAAAAUACUCAGCCAACUGCUUAUACAUCUAUAAUGGGAUCCAUGAGGGUGCUGUCCUUCAUUGCAGAUGGAUUUUAUAUAUAUUACCCAAUGCUUGUUGUCAUUCUCUGUAUUGCCACAUACUUCAGUUUAGGAACUCGUUGUUUGAAUCUUUUGGGAUUUCAGCAGUUCAUGGGGGAUAACGAAAUGACCUCUGAUUUGAUUGAUGAAGGGAAAGAGCUGAUCAGAAGAGAGAAAAGAAAACGUCAAAGACAAGAAGAAGGUGAAAACAGAAGAAGGGAGUGGAAAGAGCGAUAUGGAAAUAGAGAUGAUUCCACUAGAAACAGAGUUGUCCACACAGACCAAAAAGAAUCCAGUUUCUCAGAGGCCAAUGCCAAUAGACCUCUAUCAAAGUAUACCCGAUCAAAUGGUAGGACUGAAAGAGAUAGAAUAGAACUUCUUCAGGAUGCAGAACCUUUGGAUUUUAAUGCAGACUCAAUUAAUGAUGACCCUCUUGAAUCGGACUCUGGAAGGUUAAAAAGGGAAAUAGAGAGGAACCUUGCAUACCUGGACAUGUCAUUGUUGGAGUCUGGGGAAGAGAAUUGGACCUACUUUUCAGGCUGGUAUCUUUACUGAUAGCUUGCCCCAGCUUCAGAAGCUCAAAGAGCUUCUGCAAAUGCAGGGAUACAGUGAACUGCAGCAAAGGCUAGCUGGAGAUGUAAGCUUCCCGCAGUGCCUGGAGGAAGCAUGUGAGGACUUUGCUCCUGAGGCUGAUUGGGCACUUGGUAUUUUCAUGAAGCCUAAGGUGGGAUGGAAGUAAGGGUUCCUACACCUCUCCCUCUUUUCCAUACACAGUCAAAACAGGUCAUAAUUCCUU